UCUUUCUAAUUUUACAGUCGGUGUGAUUUCAUGCAUGGAGCUAAGCAAAGCUCUGCUAAAACGGGGGUAGUCAUAACGAUACAGUCAGUCAGUGAGAGAUGUGUUACUCACACACCCCUUCCCUUCUGUCUCCAGGGCCCUGAUGAUUUUGGCUGGGUUGCAGAAACCGCAGGCACCUUUGGAGAUUUAGCAAAUUGCGCUCCCCUCUAGGCCCCGGAAAGGCAGCCGCGAGGGGGAGAAAAGGGGCAGGCUUUUCUAGACGGCGGUUUCUUUUUCUGCUGGGGCUGAGCUCAGAAGGGGUGUUUAGAAAGAAAAAGAAAAGUCCAGCGCAGAGUGUCACCGCUUCUUCAGAGGCUCCAAGAAGGAGGAGGAGGCUGUACACGCUGAAGGUCUCCGAGGGAUAGGAGUGGCGGAAAGCCAAGCAGCCGGCUCCGUGCAGCGUCCUUCCCCAUGAUCCCGUCCAGCAGGGCUGCGACUUUAAAGGGAUUCACUCGAGGGGACGCUCGGAGGGAGCCCGGACGGCAGGGACUUGUCCCCGUAGGAGGCCGAGAGGCGUGAAGGAGGACCCCCCCUCCCGCCCGCCACCAUGCCCAGGUCCUUCCUGGUGAAGAGCAAGAAGGCGCACAGCUACCACCAGCCUCGGGCCCCCGACGGCGAGUACAGCCUCAGCCUGGAGAGCGUCCUGGCGCAGAUCUGUGCAGACACUAAAGUUUCGGGGGAAAUGAAUCUGGGCUUCUCUGAAUCGGAACACCCUCCGGGACGGUUUUCCCCGGAAUCUCAGCUGCCCGACGGGGCGGACGGGACCUCGGAGUCGGCUCCCAGCUGUGAGGGCAGCGUCUGCGACAGAGCCGCGGAGCUGGAGGAUUUCUGGAGGCCGCCCUCUCCCUCCGCCUCACCAGCUUCUGAACGCUCCAUCUGCCCUUCCUUGGAUGAGACUUCCCCCUUCUCAGUGCCCUUAAAACCCUAUGCAUGGAGUAGCCUGGGAAGUUCUGAGCUGAGACAUUUGGUACAAAGCUACAGGCCCUGCCCAGCUCUGGAACGUAGCUCAUCCCUCGGUCUCUUCUGCAAGCGUGGGUCUGAGUCCACUCUUUAUGGAACGGAGCGCAGCUCAGCUCUGGGACUCUAUGGUGACUUUGGCUCCCCUGGACUAUUUGAGCGGCCAGCAGCCCCUGGAAUCUACGUGGAGUCCCCACCUGGACACCAACAAGAGAAGAGCACAAGUGGCAUCAAACUGGAAUCGGAGCUCUUCUGUCGCCCUCUGCUGAGCAGUACUGGAUCCUACAAGUGUGUCAAAUGCAGUAAGGUCUUCUCCACCCCACAUGGUUUGGAGGUGCACGUCCGUCGUUCACACAGUGGUACCAGGCCCUUUGCUUGUGAGAUGUGUGGCAAAACCUUUGGCCAUGCAGUUAGCUUGGAGCAGCAUAAAGCUGUGCACUCACAGGAGCGCAGCUUUGACUGUAAGAUCUGUGGUAAGAGCUUCAAGAGAUCCUCCACCUUGUCCACCCACCUCCUUAUCCACUCAGAUACCCGGCCUUAUCCAUGCCAGUACUGCGGGAAGAGGUUUCACCAGAAAUCCGACAUGAAGAAGCACACUUUCAUCCAUACAGGUGAAAAGCCCCACAAGUGCCAGGUGUGUGGCAAAGCUUUUAGCCAGAGCUCUAACCUCAUCACCCAUAGUCGGAAACACACUGGUUUCAAGCCCUUCGGCUGUGAUCUGUGCGGUAAAGGCUUCCAGAGAAAGGUGGAUUUGCGGAGACACCGGGAGACGCAACAUGGUCUGAAAUGAGAGCCUUGGGGACUUGGGAAACAACAAAAACACUAUUUGAACAGACUUCUUCUUCUUCUUCCUGGUGGGCUGCCCUUCUCCUGUCCCUGCCUCUGUUCUGGUUCAUCAGCCUGCUUCCUGCCAUAUCUUCACUAAACAGGAAGUCAAGGCAGACUGGCCAGCAUCUUGCAGAACUCAACCAAAACAGGUCUUGGAAUGAAAAUAGAAUGCCAAGGCUGAAGGAAGGUGGGGGUGAAGCCUCUUUUUCUCUGUGUCUCUUUCCCUAAAAUUAAACACUGGAAAAAUUAUACGCACACCCCACCACCUUGAAGUUCCAAACACCCUAUAUGGAUAAGCUACCUGGUGCCUGUGAACCAGGAAGUCCUUUCUUUUCAUGAAUUCCCCAGUUAGCCUUGGUUUUUUGAAAGUUAAUUUUCUAGGAAACCUGAACUACAUGAGUUUACAUGGUAAACACACUGUGCAGCUUGACAAAGGAGAGAACAAGUAUGCCUGCUUUUGUACAACAUACCUAUUAAAAUAGGUUUUACUUAACUAUUUCUAUUUGGGAGCUCUAGGCCUCUUUUUCAGAGUGAAAAGAUAUAAAACAUAUGAGUUUUAAAUCUGUUUCUGAUUAUGUAUUCCCCUUCAAUAAUGUGGAGAUGGUCAGGCAUGAGUUCGAAACUUGUGAGUAACAGAGAGGUCAAUCUUAAGAGUGUCUUUCAGAUUCUUUCAGAGUGUUUGAUUGUUCCUACAUUACAAGAUGUCUAUCUAUGGCAAUUUGCCUUUCAAAAGUCAGGUUGGGAAAUGUAACGAAAGCAAUAGUCUGAAUUUACUCACACAGGUUUUGUUUGCCAACUCCUAGCCUGAAGGGGGCUUUUUGGUCUUCCGUAGAGAUGUGAAAUGGAGGCACACAGCAGGUGAUUCUCCUCUCACUGUAGUCAUGCUGCAGUGAUGAGAGAACUCAUGAAGUGCCAUAAGUGUGAUGCAAAGCUAGCUUUCAGCCACAGUUGCAACCCCAUCUGCCACCAUGUCAAGCACCUUGGCUCCAAAGGUGUGUGGCAAGGAAUUGUUAACUCUUUGGGAAGCAACGGGAAGCACAGGGACAUCUGAUAGGAGAGGUCAAGUGAGUUGAAUGCUCUUAGCCUUUUUGAGCUGCAUGCGGGGAACCUUCAUCGUCUUCUCAUAAAUCUGUACUGCAAUCGGCCUAUUUCCAGCCAAAUGCUCCCGGGUCCCAGACUCAGGACUGUGGUACUCUGUGAAGUAUUUUUCUUUCACCUGAGGGAAAGAGAUGGCUACUUCAGCCAUACACCGUACAGACUGAAUCCUGGUUUAAGCUUGGCUAGUAUUGGCUGAAAAAAACUGGAGACCAGCUAUUUCCCAAUUCAACAUUUUUAUGCUGUUGCAUUAACACUGUGUCCAAGAUCAUCCACAUUUCCUCCAAAUUUUUAGUCAUAGUUGCACACUUCUGUCAUGUAUUCAAUGGAUAAAAGCCCCCUUCAAGCCAGGAACAUGUGGCUUUGUGGAGAAGAAGGUGCUCCUCUAUGGAGUCUUCCAGGAGUUUUCAUCUGUAAGUCCUGAUUGUCACACAGGUUUGUGUACACAUAUGGCCCUUACUUUGCAAAUGUCAGGAAGGAAACAGCUUGUGAAGAACUCAGAAGGAAGCACCAAACAUAUAGCAAACUAUAUUGUAGUAGUGUAAACUAAUAUGGUAUGCCCUUGAGGUGAAAAGGGCAGAGCUAAGGAGCAUAUACUGAUUUUCCUUCCAAAAUGCCAUUAGCAUUCUAAGACCAAAGAAUGAAGAGGUGAGAAAUAGCUGAUGAGCUUCUGAUACACUGGUUUGAAUAUUUGGGUUAUUUACUCUGAAUGGUCUUGUGCCUGGAAGAACCCAGGAGCUAGCAAUGGUUUGUAAUAAUAUGAAUUUGCCUUAACUAAUCUUGUGCAUACCUCAGUGGGGGAGAAAAAUACUGUUUUUACUUUAUUGGUAGGAUUGUAAAUGCUUUUAUUUAGAUUUGACAGAGUGUCUUAUGUUCGUUGUUGCAUAUUUAUUGGAAUAAUGUUUUAAAUUAAUAAAGUACUGAGGAUCUUCA